UUUUAAACUAUGUGUGAUAAAAUAAUGUUUAUGAAAUAGAUCAGACGAAUCUUCUUUUUUUAUUGAAAUACUUACUUUAUACUAAGACAUGAAAACUAAAAUAUAUAAUUUGUGAAAUUUAAUUGUGUUCAAGAAAAUAGAUUAAUUUAAUGUUCGUUUCCAAAAUUUAUAUGACCCAACUCAAUCGACCAGAUGGACAGUGUUUUCAUUUCCCUUGUAAACAGACCAAAUUGGUUACAUUUUUUUUUAAUUCUUUACGAACAUUUAUGUGUGUUUCCGCGUUCAGUUCUAUGCGCAUGCGCUACACAUGUGGAAUCGGAGAACAGUUGUGCAUCGACUGUCAGUACAAAUGAUCCGAUUCCUUACCCGAAAUAUCCUCUGACUCUCACAGAUCUUACUGACACGAUAAUUGGGGGCUCGAACACUUCAAGAAAAUACUACGAACUGUAUGCCUUCGUCACGGGACCACCUAGAAUAGUACUAAACAAAGUGGCGAUACAGUGGUUCACAAAUAGUACCGGAUAUUUCAAUAACUUCGCUGGGUGGCUUCAAGAUGCAACGUCAGGUUUCGGUUUCUGUGUACCCGGUGAUCUUCAACUGUUUCCGGCGCUCGAAUCCAAACAAGUGCAGUUCGAGUUCGAGACUCAUUUUCCGACACCAGAGCGCUAUAUUGGCACCAUAUUUUCUUCAUGUCCAAAACGUUACCAUAUAAACUGGUAUUGUCCACGGACAAAGUUGGUUGAAGUGGGAUCGCAUUUGGUCUGUCUAGCGGACAUUCGCAUGAACAUUUACAGCGCCUAUGGUAUGAAUGGGUUGCCAUGGGACCUGGUUGUGGCUGACCUCUGCAAGAACAAGAUGCCAAGGAUUGAUGACCCGCGAUGGGUGUUUACCCAUGACGCCCCACAACAAUGCACUUGGCCCGCUAACAAACGCUGAGUCCACCAUAGACAGAACUGAUGCAACAUUGGGCACAUCGGUUCAAGUAAUAAUGCAGAUCUUUGUCGUAUAUUACAUACAAGUAGGCCGAUUUUAAAUGACAACCACAUCUUUACCAAGUUAACAUUGACAGUUGCAGAAUCGCCUUAUCUAAGAAUAUCAUCUUUGCCCAAAAGGAGUUGUGUUUAAACUCGUUUUGUAGAAAAUGUGCACUGAUGCCUUUAUUAGGACAUACAUUCUUUUAUGAUUAAAUAUUCUGAAUUGCACUUUGAACUACAGUGAUAUUACAUGAUAUUAUAUUAACAUAUAUAGGAUGUGUUUUGUUGUAUGUGAACUCAUGGGCAUUUCUUCUGCGAUGUAAUAAACAAUUGACCAUAAAGUGGUAUAAUAGUUUUCUUCGACGGGCUUCUUUGUUUGAUUAAUUCAUAGACAACAAAGUGGAAAACAUAUACGUUUUAUUGUUGAUGUUUAACAUGUUUUUUUCUGAUGAUUUCAACUGUUGUUUUGAGCCGACUAUAUAUAACUGCGUUAUGUUUUGAGAUAGAUUGUUAGUGUAUUUGUUGUUGUUGUUAUUAAUUUAGGAGCAAUAUAGAAUUUCCUGUUUUGGAUAUUGAAAGUUUAUACCUCAUUACAAUGUCUGGCAUUUUGUACUAACGACAUCAUUAUGUUCAAUCAGAAAACAUGGUCGGUCGCUAAAACAUUUCUUGUUUCAUUAUGUACACAUUUUAAUGCUUUAAUGUAACUCAAUUGAAAACUUGCAAUACCGAUUUUAAUACACACAUACAAGUGUUUCUUAUAUUUUUGUCAAAACAUGUUUUUUUAAAUUAUAUAUCUAUGUGUUGUGUAUUAAUGUAAUACAUGUUUUAUGUACAUUGUACUUUACUUGUGUAACAUGCUUUAUACAUUUUGUCAAUAAAAUUGUUUCAAGAAAGUU